AUGGCAACUCCGGCCGCGCUGCCCCCACUCCCCUUCAACCCGGGUCGGGUGCGAACCUACCUUGUCCGACUGCCGCUGUUUACCCGGCUGGUGCUUGUAGUGAUUCUGGCGUUCUGGCUGCUCGAGUUGCAGACGCUGUGGAGCGUGGUGCAGUGGGGGGCGUUGAUUCCAAAUGAGAUUGGCAUCGGGACCAUGUACCGACUCAACACUUACCCGUUCAUCCACUCCGGUUUCUUUCACGCCCUGUUGAACGCCCUGGCACUGACACCCUUGAUUGAGCGCUUCGAGGCGGAGCAUGGGACUUUGACUGCCGUGGCUCUGUUCAUCGGUCCCCUUUCGACUUUCCCCGCUGGACUCUACAUCCUGGUUGAGAAGGUUCUUCUGCACAGAAACACUCCCGUGGUCGGGUCGAGCGUCUGGGUGUUUUUGCUGCUGGGGUCCGAGGCCAUCAAGACGUACAAGUCCAACCCCUCUUUCAGUCUCGGCCCGUACAAGAUUCCCACGUGGACCUCGCCUUUGUUCGCCUGUGUCUUUGUUUCUCUCCUCGUGUCGAACGUGAGCUUCCUCGGUCACCUCUGCGCGAUCACCAUCGGCUACUUCUUCGGACUCGGGUGGAUGAAGGUGUUCAUGCCCCCUGAAAAAAUCCUGCGCUGGAUCGAGGGCAAACUGAACCUCCUCGGACGACUGCCACACUACGUCUCUGUCGACCAAAAGACCUACGGUCGAUAUGGCGUUCUUCCCACCUCUAACCCGGCCGGCGUUAGCGGUAGCCAAACGCCCAUGAGUUACCUGGGAUCCAGCCAACGCCUGGGCUCCUGA